UUUUUUUUACAUAAACAUUUGGUCUGUUUGAAAUCUUUCAAUCGGGCUCAAUCGCUUUUAUUUCAAUAAUGCUAUCUUCCGUUCGUGCUAUUCGCAGGCUCUCACCGACCGUGGCCCGCACUGCCAGCUGUAAGUUCACCUCCAAUUCGAAUGGCGCUCGGUAUUGGGCAGGAGGGAUAAAGAAAGGAGGGAGGGGAGCAUUGUAACUUUAACUUUUCAGAAAUGGAACCCAACACUUUGAAUUUACACCAGCUAAUGCAACUUUUUCUUCUGUGCUCUUACGAGUCUUUGAAUAUGUUUUUAUCAUUAAUAGAUCUUGGCUCGCGCGCCUCAGCCAAACUCGUUACUCGCACGAUCCCAGCGGCACAAAUCCACACGACCCGUUCAACCAAAGACACUGCCUUUGAAAGGACUCUUGCACAGGCCGAUCCCGCGCGUCGCGAGGAAGACCCGACUCUCUAUGAGUUCGGCAAGUACAUUUCCAGCAUGUUGCCCAAAUACGUGCAGCAGUAUUCAGUAUGGAAGGACGAGCUUGUCCUUUACACGGCGCCUAACGCCGUCGCGCAGGUGGUGGAGUUCCUAAGGGACCACACGAAUGCGCAGUUUAAGCAGCUCACAGACACCACAGGUGCCGAUUACCCCACCAGACCUAACCGCUUCGAGGUCAUCCACAACUUCAUCUCCUACCGCUUCAAUGCGCGCAUCCGCGUCAAGACCUAUGCGGACGAGACCCACCCCGUAGACUCUGUCGCCAUGCUGCAUUCGGCUGCCAACUGGGGCGAGCGCGAAGUUUGGGAUAUGUACGGCAUUUUCUUUGUCGGCCAUCCUGAUUUGCGCCGUAUUCUGACAGACUAUGGUUUUGAGGGUCAUCCGUUGCGCAAGGACUUCCCGAUCCACGGAUACACAGAGGUUCGCUAUGAUGAGGAGAAGAAGAGAGUGGUUUCGGAGCCGAUUGAGCUCGCGCAGGCCUUCCGUAACUGGGAUUACUCGUCGGCAUGGGAGCAGACUGGCAACGGCCGCGUCAAUGCGCCGGAGGGCUUUGAGAAGCCCGCUGCUCGCGACGGCAACUAGGAGCAUAUAUACAAUUGGUUUAUUUUUCAAAAUCCCCUCCUUUCUUUCUUUCUUUCUUUUUUUAUCAAUUAUACCAAGUGUCAGCAUACAAAAA